AUGCUUUCCAUAUCAAAUGUCAAUGUUGAAGAUGAUGAAGAGAAACCUCAGUCCUCACAGCUUCAUCAAAGACAAGCUGAGGAGAUGAAAACAGAAGCUGAUGGAGAGGAACCAGCCAGGAACUUAAAUCCAGAUAGACAUUUACAACCAGUUACUGAUGACAAGGCCUCAGAAAUGUCUGUAGCUGAGAUUGAAGUCAGUUGUGAUGACUGGGAGGAGACCAGGGAAAAGAAUGAAGCCCCCGUAAGCGAUAUGAUAUGUAAUUCUCCUGACAAACCGUUUAACUGCUCUGAGUGUGGUAAAAGGUUUGCGAAAAAUGGAUUUCUGGAGACACACAUGAGAAUCCACACUGGAGAGAAACCCUUCAGUUGCUCAGUGUGUGGAAAAAAAUACACAAAAAAGGGAUAUCUGAUACAACACAUGGCGGUCCACAUCGGGGAAAAACGACACAGUUGUGGCGUUUGUAACAAGAGAUUUGUUUGGCACUCAGGAGUCGAAUGCCAUAAGUGUAUCGGUUCACCUGCAAGUGGUAUGAGAUGCAGUACUGGUGGAAAAUCGUUGAACUUCUCUGAGUGUGGUAAACGACUUUGCUACAGUUAUCAUCUGAAGACAGACGCAGGAACUCAUACACAAGAGAAUCUCUUUAGUUGCUCAGUUUGUGCAAGAAAAUUUACCCAAAGGGGAUAUCUGAUACAACACAUGGCACGUCACACAGGGAAGAUACGAUUCCGGUGCUGUGUUUGUGACAAAAAAUUUGUUUACCGUCAUGAGCUUAAGAACCACAAAUGUGUCGGCGAGUCUUCACAGCUUCAUCAAAGCCAAACUGAAGGGAACAGAGGUUCAGAGCCUCCAGCCAGCAGCUCUACUGAAGAGAUGAAAACAAAAGCAGAUGGAGAAGACUGUGGAAGAUCAGAACCAGCCAGGAACUCACAUCCAGAAAGACCUUUACAAUCAGAUAGUGAUGACAAGACUUCAGACUCCUCUGAGGCUGAAGACAAAGAUGAUGAUUGGAUGGAGACCAGUGAACCUCAGUCAGGUUUAAACUUUCAGACAAAUAACAAAGUUCCAUUAAGUGAAAUGGGACGUAGCACUGAAAAUAAAUCAUAUAUUUGUCCUGAGUGUGGUAAAACAUUUUUUGGUGAAGAAAAUCUGAAGAUACACAUGAGAACUCAUGCAGGAGAGAAACCAUUUAGCUGCUCAUUUUGUGAUAAAGGAUUUACACAGAAGGGAUAUCUGAGCAACCACAUGUCCGUCCACACAGAGGAGAAACGUUUCCUGUACUGUGUUUGCGGCAAAAGAUUUGCUUGGCGUUACAACCUCAAAAAGCACAAGUGUGCUGGUGAGUCUUCCCAGCUCCAUCCAAAUCAAAUCUUGAAGAACAGAGAGGCAGAGCCGCCGGCCAGCAGCUCACAAACUUCAGACUCCUCUAAACUUCAGAUUGAAGUCACUGCUGAUGAUUCCAAGGAGACCAAGAAACCUCAGUCAGACUCUCUACAGGAAAACGACGUCCACGAAAGCAAAAGUACAUGUGACACUGAGGAGAGACCAUUCAGCUGCUCCGAGUGUGGUAAAAGAUUUCGCCGCAAGAAAAAUCUGCAGGAACACAUGAGAAUUCAUACAGGAGAAAAACCUUUCGGCUGUUCAGUUUGUAUGAAAUAUUUUUCAUGCAGUGGAUCGCUACGAAAACACCUGAGAAUCCACACCGGAGAGAAACCUUUUGUUUGCUCGGUGUGCGGUAACCGUUUUACUGAAAGUGGACAUCUGAAGGUGCACAUGAGAACACACACAGGAGAGAAACCAUUCAGUUGUUCAGUGUGUGGGAAAAGCUUUACCUGGAGGCAAAGCUUCAAUAAUCACAUGAAAUAUCAUACAGAAGAAACAAGAGAAAUGAGCUAGAGACACAUUGUGACAUUCAGGAAGAAAGCCAAACCCUUCUUAAGGAAGAAUUUUGUUUCUUUUAAGUAUUUGUUUCUUGUUAUUGAGAUAUUUCACUUUUCAAAUUUUCCCUCUACUAUUUGGGGAUUAUUGCAAGUAAAUUGCAACUGCUCUCAGUGCCACAAUUUUUUACUCUUUGCACACAGAUCAUACAAUAUGUUCCCACAGUGCCUGUUUUUUUUUUUUUAAUAAUGUAAAAAUAUUACCCGAUUGUCAAAAUCUCAUUUACAGACAUUGAACCUUAUGGCUGAAUCUUUCUUUUAAUUUAACUGCUGUGUAACAUAUAUUAUGUAUCUGUGUUCAGCUUGCAAUUUAAAAAUGGUACACACUUUCAGACAAUCUGAAAAAAAAAAAAAAAUCAGUGAUUGGAGUUUCAGUUAUUGUUGGAUGGUUUGCUAUAUCACAUUUCUUAGUUUUAAUUAACAUACAAAAUUAAUCCAGGGAUCGGCACUUUGCUUUUGCUCCACAGUGUUACUAAACUAUGACCAGGAUACACACUUAUUUCUUUAACUGUGUAUAAACCUGAUGAUUUCACAUUUUACAGGUAAAACAUGAGACUUGACAUGUAGCUGUUACCUGUUAGCGGUUAGUGUGGGGUGGCUGCUCUGCAGAUGAACUGACCAAUAGCACUGCCAAAUUUCCACUUAAAAGUAGAGAUGGAUGGUAUAAAUGACAUGUAUAGAUAAAAUAACCAGAUGACAACAAAUUAAAGGAUAAGUCUGGUGAUUUUCUAUAAUUUUCUUCCUGUCAACAAAUCUCAUGUUUGCAUCCAGAAGAGUUUGGUCAUGUUAGUUUGUUUAGAAAUGUUUCCAAAGAGUAAAAAUAGUGAUAGGAUAAUUUUUUAGGAAUACUAUCUUAUUUUUUAAACAAAGUACGGUAAGUGUUCUCUUUAGGGACGAAGGAGUGUGUCACCAAGUGGUGUGGCUCAUUGAUGUGUUUUCAAUCUCAAACGUGAGAUUUGUUGACGAUAAGAAAAAUGUAGAAAAUUGCCAGACAAAUCCUUCACACUGAUAGAACAGUACUAUAAAUCCAAAACUGCAAUAAAAGUCAUACACAUUAAUUUGGCCACACUGGACCAAAACCACCAGACAUACCAGGGUAUAAAAAUAAAGUGUAAAAAUGUCUGAGGGUGAACAACAUUUCUGUUGUCUCGUGGUAUAUAACAUCAUAUCACCCAGCCCUUAAGUUAUAUACUUCAGUUAUUGUUGCAGAAACACAUUCACAAUUCAUGUAUGGAAACUUCUCAAACCUUUUCGAUUCUACGUUUUGGUGAAUAUUUUUAAUUCUCUACCAGUUAAAUUCGUUGAGUGUGUGACUUAUUUUGUUUUUUCCUGUAUAAGAUUAUAUCAGUUGGCCUGACAGAUGUUUGAAUGUGUUGAAUCUACAUUGUAACGAGUCAGUGUGUGGUUCUAUAUAGUUUACUAUAUAUCUUAAAGUUUUAAGUUGCUGUCAGUAAAGUUUGUUUUAGAAAAAUAA